UUUAUGAGAAGUUUCUCCUCAGUAGCUAUUACCAACAAAUCAAACACACAUCUCGGCCACGUCCAGUGUGCUUUCUUUCACCACGGAAAGACAGAGAGAUCACACGAUGGCUCCGAAGAGGAAGAGAACAUCACCGGCAACGUCUUACCAGGUCUUCCUGAGCUUCAGAGGACCCGACACCCGCCAGGGAUUCACGGAUGUCCUUUACCAUGCUCUUGUAGAUGCCGGGAUUCGUGUAUUCAGAGACAAUGAGGAGAUCCGUAAAGGCGAGUAUAUCGGCGAGGAGAUCCUGAGAGCCAUCGAGGACUCCAGGAUCUUUGUGCCCAUCUUCUCCAGGACCUAUGCUUUCAGUAAGUGGUGCCUCAUUGAACUCGCAAAAAUGGUGGAGUCCAAGGAGAAAUCAAGCGGCAGUAAAAGGAUCCUGCCCAUUUUCUAUGAUGCAAGCGUCAAUGAUGUCAAACUUAAGACGGAGUUGUACACUGAAGCUCUAUCAAUACACAGGGAGAAGUUCAGUCCCAACACAGUGCAGCAGUGGGAGAAGACUCUUCGAGAAGCUGGAAAAAUCAAGGGAUGGGAGCUGAAGGAUAAAGGUCAUGCAGAAUUUGCUAAGGAAUUCGUCAGGAAGGUUUCGGUGGAGUUGAAAGUGAAAAAAAAAUAUGUGACUGGGAGCCUAGUUGAGAGGAUUGAUGAGCAAGAUGCUCUUAUGAGCUUGUUGGAUCUGAAGUCCUCUCAUGAUGUUCGGUUGGUCUGGAUCCAUGGAAUGGGGGGGAUCGGUAAGACGACACUUGCCCAGGCUGUUUUCAACCGGCUCUGUGAUCACUUUGGCGGCAGCAGCUUCCUUCUAGACAUGCGAGAAACAGCCAACCGCAAAGGUAUUGAAUACUUGCAGAGACAACUCUUGCAAGAUCUUGGUGUUAAAUCAGCAGACGUCACUGACGAAAACGACGGGAUCUGGAUGAUCAGCGAAAAGUUGCAGAACAGGAAAGUACUAGUUAUUUUCGAUGAUGUAGACGACCUGGAGCAAAUUGGGAAACUAGCGGGAGAGGCUGGUUGGUUUGGAGAGGGAAGCAGGAUAAUCAUCACCUCCCGGAAUAAGAAUGUUCCUGUGUUUGAGGGAGGAAGAGUUGAGAUAUUGGAAGCAGAGCCGAUGAAAUUUGAAGAAUCUCUCCUCCUUUUCAGCAGGCAUGCCUUUGGGAACGAGAAUCCACCUGAAGACUUCCGCGACCUUUCAGAGGAAGUCGUCAGAAUUACGGGAGGGCUUCCCUUGGCUCUUGAAGUAGUAGGUUCACAACUUCGGACAAGUUACGAGCAUCGUGACCGUGUCCAUUGGGAUCAUAUGAUUGGUGCCUUACAGAAAAUACCGGCCAGGAAGGUCCAAGACAGGCUUAAGAUAAGUUAUGAUGCCUUAGACUGGGAAGCGAAGCAGAUAUUCCUUGAUAUCGCGUGUUUCUUCAUUAACGAGGAGAAAACAAAAGCAAUUUAUAUGUGGCAAUCCUGUGGCUUUGAACCAUAUCUGGCAGUGAAAGAGCUUGUUGAUGCGUCCCUCAUAAAACUCGCAGAUGAGAACAAGUUCUCGAUGCAUGAUCAGCUGCGGGACCUUGGAAGAAAAAUUGUUCGUGAUGAGAGGUUAAAGGACCCCGGAAAGCCUUGCAGUAGAAUAUGGAUGCAUGAGGAUGCUCUAAAAGUGCUGCGAGAAGAAGAGGGCAAAGAAAAUGUUGAGAUGCUUAGUCUUUCAUACAAUGAACUCUCCAAAGAUUUUAUCCUUACGAAACAGGAACUGAAGAGUUUCAAGAAUCUUAGAUUUCUCAGUCUCUGUGGAUCAAAUUUUUUGGGAGACCUUGAGCAUGCCCUCCCCAAGUUGAUAUGGCUUUCAUGGCGUUCUUGCCCUGACGUAUUUCAGGGAACUAAUCUGUAUCUGAAGAAUCUGAUCGUGCUUGACCUCUCCAGAAGUCUCAUAAGUGAAACAUGGAAAGGAUGGUCCCAAAUCGGGAUGUGUAAGGAGUUGAAAGUUCUAGAUCUCACAAGUUGCCACCGCUUGACCAAGACGCCUGACUUAUCGGUGUGCACGAAAUUGGAGAGACUAAUACUUAACGAUUGCGUGAAUCUGGUGGAAAUAGACCAUUCCGUGGGAACAUUGAAAUGCCUAAAGUACUUGAACGCCAGUGGCUGUCAUUAUCUCAGAGACGUUCCGGAAGUAAUAUGCUCUUUGGAUGGAGUCGAGGAGAUAGUCAUGGUAGCAAAAGGCAACUUCCGAGAUAUUCUCAAGCUUCCAGACUCCAUCGGGACACUCUCCAGGCUUAAGCACCUGUCUGUGAGUUUGGCAAGGAGUACACCUCCAAACUCACUUGGAUAUCUAAAAUCACUGGUUAAGUUGGACCUGUCAUGGUCAAAGAUGGCCGAACUACCUGAGUCCAUUGGAGGACUGGUGAAACUUGAGUAUCUGUCCUUACACUUCUGUAGAGGAAUAAAGGAGCUCCCAGAUUCGAUGCGGGAUCUGAAAUCGCUGGCUGAGCUGGAUAUUUCGAUGUCGGGAAUCACUCGACUGCCAUCAAUUAAGUAUUUGCAGGAACUGAAAGUGAUCAAUAUGAGAGGUAGUGUUAUCGAAUGGAUUCCCAUAUCCAUUAGGAAGCUGAAGAAGUUGGAAAAGUUGGACAUCCAGGAUUGCGAUCAUCUACGAUAUAUCCCAACGGCAAUGGACCCUUCCUUGCUAACGGUCUCAUGCUCUGCCCCAGAGAUGGGAUUUGGAGAACAACGGACGAGGAUUGACUGGGAAACACACUUAGAGAGCCAGAGAGAGAUGGGAAGAGCACCGUGCUGUGACAAGGCAAAUGUAAAGAAAGGGCCGUGGUCUCCCGAAGAAGACGCGAAGCUCAAGGAUUACAUCGAGAAACAUGGGACUGGGGGCAACUGGUUCGCUCUCCCUCGGACAGCCGGUCUAAAGAGAUGUUGGAAGAGCUGCCAGUUAAGGUAUAAAGAGAUGGGAAGAGCACCGUGCUGUGACCAGGCAAAUGUAAAGAAAGGGCCAUGGUCUGCCGAAGAAGAUGCGAAGCUCAAUGACUACAUCGAGAAACAUGGGACCGGGGUCAACUGGAUCACUCUCCCUCGGACAGCCGGUCUAAAGAGAUGUUGGAAGAGCUGCCGGUUAAGAUGGCUCAACUAUCUCAGGCCAAACAUUAAACAUGGCGAAUUCUCCGAUGUCGAAGACCGUGUCAUCUGCACUCUUUUUGCUACUAUCGGGAGCAGGUGGUCCAUAAUAGCCGCACAGCUGCCCGGGCGGACGACCAAUGGUAUCAAGAACUACUGGAACAUGAAGCUGAAGAAGAAGCUCAUGGGCAAUUUCUACAUCAACCCUCCAGGUACUAGUAACCUUUCUUGUGGAUUGCCGUCGACACCCGAACAACGACACCACUUCAUCGCUCCCUUCUCUCCAACGAUCCCAACACUGUCAGUCCCAAGCUCUUCCACUUCGAACUUCUACGAACUCAGUCCAUUCAAUUCCUCAUCAUCCUCAUCAGCAGCAACAAACCUUCAGCCCCAAGAGACCCUUGUGGGCCCCAUCAAUAUGUACGGUCACGAAGCUGCUAGCUGCAGCUUCUCCGAUGGAAGCUCCGUCGACAAAGAUCAUCAUCAUCAUCAGUUCAAUCAUCACCAGCAGGUGCCCAACAAUAAUCUGCAGGGCUUCUCACCGUCUCACCAUGGGAAUGAGAUCUUGGGGCUGGGCGAUCAAGACAUCAUUAACUACGGCAGCAACAGUACACGUUAGAUUACUAUGGCGCCAUCGAGGAGAUCAUGCAGCUUAUAAGCAACACUUCUUCUAGCCUCAUCACCGCUACAACUAACAAUAAUAAUAAUAAUGACUGUAAUUACAGCAGCUUCUUGUUUGAUGUCGAGAACCGGGCCAGUAGUCCCGAAAGCGUAGUGGACAACGUACCUACUAGAGCAGACGAAGGAGUCUUGUACUAAUACUGAUUAUUAAUUAAUUAAGUGAUGGUGACUUCUUGUAAGAGAUCAAAAGAGAUUUGAAAAUCAACGUAUUGGAGUUAGAAUAUUUCAGAGGUUUGGACUC